GUUUGCAUGCUUCAUUCCCAGAGAAUGGCCAUCAAAAAAUUCUUGCCUUUUCUAAUUGACUUCGCUGAUUCUUUCUCCCUUAUUUCUUUGAUUUCUAUUUACCGCAUUCACUUUCCUUUCCCCUUCAUUGUUCUUCCCCCUCUGUAAUCAUUCCCACAGCUUUUUCCUUUUUUUAGUUUUUAUUUUUGUGGAAAUAAAGAAGAAGAGGAUGAAACUGAGCAGGGCGUGGCACAGGCAAUUAUUCGCUCUGUCAUUGACUUUAAGAGGGAUCCCUGGCCCACGGUUUCUGACAAUGCUAAGGACCUCGUGAAGAAAAUGCUUGAUCCCGAUCCAAGGCGGCGUCUUACUGCUCAAGGAGUUCUCGAGCAUCCAUGGUUACAGAAUGCCAAGAAAGCUCCAAAUGUCCCUCUGGGUUAAACUGUGAAAGCAAGGCUGAAACAAUUUUCUGUAAUGAACAAGCUGAAGAAAAGAGCCCUAAGGGUGAUCGCUGAGCAUCUGUCGGUGGAGGAAGUCGCUGGCAUAAAAGAUGCCUUUGCAAUGAUGGACACCAAGAAUAGAGGGAAAAUAAAUCUUGAAGAGCUAAGGAUUGGAUUGCAAAAGCUUGGGCAACAGAUUCCUGAUGCAGAUCUUCAAAUCCUGAUGGAAGCUGCUGAUGUUGAUGGCGAUGGAGCUCUGAAUUAUGGAGAGUUCAUGGCAGUUUCUGUCCACCUGCGGAAGAUGGCCAAUGACGAGCACCUACAUAAAGCUUUUGCAUUUUUUGAUCAAAAUCAAAGUGGUUACAUAGAGAUUGAAGAGCUGAGAGAUGCCUUAAAUGAUGAUGUUGACACCAGUAGCGAGGAGGAAACAGAAUCUGAUUCUGGACGUUUAGCGCAUGGUGUCGACACCCAGAUAAUGUGUCGACACUACACCCGUGUCGGGUUUUUGGCCUCCUUUUGCAAUUUCUUCAAUGGUAAAAUGGCAGAUCUGGUUCCUGACUUCUGGAUUCUGCACAAGUUGAUCCUCAAGUCUCUGAUCUCUUCAAUUUACUUCUAAAAAGUAAGAUUUCUUCCAAUUAAAUCAUUUCCUACACA